AUGGAUGCGUUCGCUAGGCUGGCGGGCGAGCGGAGCGGACGAGACCUUAGAAGCUGGCCUGACCUCCACCGAUGGUCCGUUUCCGAGGUGGGGGAGUUUUGGCAGACGGUGUCAGAUUUCUGCGGCAUAAAAUGGCUCGACCGCGGGAUCGGAUCCGCGUACACUCCUCCUCGUCCUUCUCCGAAGCCGGGCGUGGGGGGAACGGAAAUGGGACAAAGGGGAGUGCGAGAUCGGGGUCAGGAGCGGGGUGGUGCGAUGACGGAUGCUCUGUGGUUCGAGGGUGCCAAGCUUAACUUCGCGCACAACCUAAUGCCGCUCCCGACAGAUGAUGAGGUCAUCGUGUCCGUUUCGGAGUCAGCCGAACUGGCGUCGAGAAGGCUCACCGGCAAGGAGCUUCAUGUGUUGGUGGCGAGAUGCGCGCGGGCAUUGCGGUCGGCCGGUGUUCGCAAAGGAGACAGGGUGGCGGGUGUGCUAGUCAACUCCCAGGAAGCUCUGGUAUGCAUGCUGGGGGUGACGGCGAUUGGAGCUGUGUGGAGGGGCCUCACCUCACGCUUAACAACAACGUCGGGUCCACGUGUGCCACGGGUGGGCGGGUGCGAGGAGGGGUGGGGAAGGGCUCCGCUUUCCCCACACCCGACCUUGCCAAAACAUGCCAUCUUGUUGUCUACAUUGUCCCUUGUGAGAACUUUGCUGUCCUUACCCCCUCCCAACCGAUCGCCCCGCUCUCUCUCUCGUUUUCAUUUUUCGCCCAACUUGGCUCCAAGCUCCUGUUCCCCAGACUUCGGGGUGGGCGGGGUGUCCGACCGCCUAGGUCAGAUCUCGCCGAAGCUGGUGUUCUUCAGCCUCGGCUACUUGUACGGCGGGCGGUGGCACGACUGCCGGGGCCUGGCCAAGGACGUGCUGUCGCGACUGCCCGAUACUGAGCAAGGGCCUCCCUUGGGAGUAGGUGUGCCGUACUGGACCACCUUGGGCGACGAAGGAGGCGGCAGCGUCAACCGCGCCGACGUCGGCGGUGACAGCAGAAGCUAUCCGGACCCUCUGUCCGUCUCUGAUCUCCCGGCGCCUCUCGUGCCGUUCGAAGAGUUUCUCAGCGGCAGUGCGACCGAGAUCGAGUUUGAGCCCACCGCGUUCGACCACCCGGUGUUCAUCAUGUUUUCGUCGGGUACCACUGGGCUGCCCAAGUGCAUGGUACACGGGGCUGGGGGCACACUUCUCCAACAGAAGAAGGAACUGGAGCUACACUGCGACAUCCAGCGCGGCGAUCGACUCCUUUUCUUCUCUACGCUGGGUUGGAUGAUGUGGAACUGGGCGGCCGCCGUCCUGUCAAUCGAGGGGGCUUCGCUCGUGUCGUUCGAUGGGAGCCCCGGGCACCCGGACCUCGCGGCAUUGUGGAAGGUUUCUGCCGAAGAAGGCGUGACUCACCUGGGGGCUAGCCCAAAGUACUUCGGCGCGUGCAAGCAAAAGGGCGUUGUUCCUGGGGUUGACUGCGCGGCAUCCGGGAGCGACGGUCUCAAGAAGCUUCGCACGAUCCUGUCGACAGGUUCUCCGUUGUUGCCGGAACACUUUCAGUGGAUUUACCAGGCCGUGAAAGGUGACGUCCACCUGGCCUCCAUUUCGGGCGGUACGGACAUCCUGGGAUGCUUCGCCCUCGGAAACCCGACCCUUCCGGUCCGGGCCGGGCACUUGCAGUGCCUCGGACUGGGCAUGGAUGUCUGUGCGUACGGCGGCGACGGGAGUCAGGAGGCGGUCGGUGAACCCGGCGGUAGCGGCGGCGAGGUUGACAGAGAUCGUGUUGACCACCCUGUGGUAGCAACAGCACCAGGAGCAGUAGCCGCGGCACUGAAGCCUCCGUCAAGGGAAGCAGCAAGGGGGGAGAUGGGGGAGCUCGUGUGUAGAACACCGUUCCCUUCGAUGCCGGUUAGCUUCUGGGGCGACUCAGACGGUUCCAAGUACCGGUCCGCGUACUUCGAGGCUUUCAAGGGAGAGGACGUGUGGGCGCACGGGGACUAUAUCAAGAUAACCGAAGAGGGCGGCGUUGUUAUCUCAGGGCGAAGCGACGCUGUGCUUAAUCCCGGAGGCGUUCGCAUUGGCACGGCCGAGAUUUACAGACAGACGGAGAUGGUGCCGGAGGUGGAAGAUUCUCUUGCCGUCGGUCUUCGGGUGGAUGGGGACGUGGAGGUGGUGCUCUUCGUCAAGCUAGUGCCCAUGGCAGGGGAAGGAGGAAGAGGAGGAGGAGGAGAAGGACACCCUUCCCAGAACCCCAAAAAUCACUACGUUCUCACGGGCGAGCUGGAAGGGAAAAUCAAGGCGAUUAUUCGUUCCAACCUCACCUCGCGGCACGUGCCCAAGCGGGUGAUCGUUGUGGACAGUAUCCCAUACACAAGAAGUGGGAAGAAGGUUGAGGUUGCUGUUACCAAGGCCAUCCAUGGCGAAACCGUCAACAACCUCUCCGCUCUGGCCAACCCCGACAGCCUGCAGCAGUUCCACGAGGCUGGGAGAGCGUUACGCGGUUUGGCGCCCUUCCCUCCACCGCCGCCACCCGUGUCGCGACUGCAGUAA